AUGAGGCUCGAGAACUCGAUCGUGACUGGCCGGCUGGUUGAAACCGGUUACGACCAAGAAUUUGCCAAUUUUUGCUUGAUUCCGGACCUCUCGUCACGACCAGCAUUCAGUCGAUUCGGACGAAGAGGGUCAGUCGACACAACAAGCGCGGGCAGAGACGUCAAGAAGACGACAAAUCUGGCGAGGUGA